AUGACGCCUGAUAUGUGCCUUGUUUUGAUAGCACUCCUCGCUGCGUCACUUGUGUACUGCGUGUUCGUGAUGACAUACACCAGAAGAGGUGCGCGGCGUUGGCCGCCGGGCCCCUGUCCGUGGCCCAUAGUCGGCCACCUCCUCCACCUUCGCGGCGGUAACCUCCAUCUCAACCUCGCGCGCAUGGCGCUCGCCCAUGGCCCCGUCAUGACGCUCAAGCUGGGCGUGGUGACCACCGUGUUUGUGUCCUCCCGGGACGCGGCAUGGGACGCCUUUGCCAAGCAUGACCGCCGCAUCUCCGCGCGAACCGUCCCGGACACGAGGCGCGCAAUGGCGCACGCCGACCGCUCUAUGGUGUGGUUGCCCAGCUCCGACCCACUCUGGAAGACGCUGCGUGGCAUCGCCGCCACGCACGUCUUCUCGCCGUGCAGCCUCGCCGCCGCGCAGGGCGCCCGGGAGCGCGCCAUGAACCGCAUGCUGGAAGACUUCCGCCGCCACGUCGGGCAGGUGGUCGACAUUGGCCACGUCCUGUACCACGGCAUGUUCCACCUGCUCACCAACACACUCUUCUCCGUCGACGGCCAGGACCAGCUGAGGGACCUUCUGGAGGACAUUGUGGGUCUUCUCGCCGAGCCCAACGUGUCGGACUUGUACCCAUUGCUCCGGGUGCUGGACCUGCAGGGCCUUCGCCGCUGGACGGCCACGCACAUGAACCGCGUCUUCCAUGUGCUCGACAAGAUCAUCGACGCCCGGCUGGGCGAGGGCAAGCAGCACCACGACGUCCUCGACGCCCUCCUGGCGCUGGUGACCGCCGGCAAGAUGAGCCGCCGCGAGGUGAAAGCCAUGUUAUUCGACAUCCUGGCGGCGGGCACGGAGACAACCAAGAUCACAGUGGAGUGGGCGAUGGCGGAGCUGCUGCGGAACCCGGACGUGAUGGCGGCGGUGCGCGCCGAGCUGAAGGCCGCACUCCCGCAGGAGACGAUGAUCACGGAGGCAGACGUGGCGAAGCUGCCGUACCUGCAGGCCGCGGUGAAGGAGUCGAUGCGGCUGCACCCCGUGGCGCCGCUGCUGCUACCACGCCUGGUGGUGGAGGAGGGCGUCGAGAUAGGUGGCUACGCCGUGCCCAAAGGCGCCACCGUGAUCUUCAACUCGUGGUCCAUCAUGCGCGACCCGACGGCAUGGGAGAGGCCCGACGAGUUCGUGCCGGAGCGUUUCUUGGGGAAGACGGAGCUCGGCAUGUGGGGGAAGGAGGUCAAGUUCAUCCCGCUGGGCAGCGGACGAAGGCUCUGCCCGGCAUUGCCCAUGGUGGAGCUCCUCGUGCCCUUCAUGGUCGCAUCCAUGCUGCAUGCUUUCCAGUGGAGGCUGCCCGGGGGCAUGUCACCUGACCAGGUGGACGUGACCGAAAGGUAUACAAGCAACAAUAUCCUCGUCAUGGACGUGCCUCUCAAGCUUGUGCCCAUGCUCGCCGUCUAGUCGCUCACUCCAUCUCUGAGUACUUUAUUACCUUCUACGUACUUUCUAUUGGUUUAAUGGCGAUGCAUCCUAGUCACUGUAUUGGUUUGCAUGGCGAUGAACAUGCAUGUAUGCAUCCUCAGUCAAUCGUUGGAA